CUUCCAUAUCCCGUGCACAUUUUAUAAUCAUGUCUGCUGAGUGUGUAUCUCCGGCUCUGUUCUUCUCCGCCCUGCUGUGUGUGUUGGUUGUCCCGCCCGGGGUACUGACCACCCCGCUGGACGACUACGUCAACAAGCCGGACCCGCACUACUCCUACCACGAGGUGUUGGAAUGGCGUCUGAAGGGUCCCGGCUACACCAUGUACCUCCUCAACAUGACCUCACAACAAUGGCUAACAGAGAAGGACGUCAACCGUCCGAUCUGGUGGCACUUCCUAACCGUGGUCAUCCCAGACAACAUCACCUAUCCUGACGCUGGGUUUUUGUUUAUAGACGGAGAUAACAAUGACCACCCAGAAAGCCUCCCCUCUCAUGGUGACAACUUCGUCUCUCUCGUCCACAUGUUUGCAGUAGGAACAGGAAGCGUCGCUGCAAAUUUGAAGCAGGUGCCGAACGGACAUCUGGUGUUCAAGAAAGAUCCACUCCAAAAGCGACUGUCAGAAGACGCUCUUAUCGCGUACACGGAGAGACAUUUCUUAGACAACCCAGAGGACCCGGAAUUCAUCGUCAACAUGCCGAUGGUUAAGGCGUCUGUGCGGGCAAUGGACGCUGUGCAGGAUUUUGUGAAGAAUAUGACCGGGACACAACCGGAAAAAUUCAUGGUGGGAGGGGCCUCAAAGCGUGGUUGGACUACAUGGGCUACUGCUGCGGUAGACAAGAGAGUGUUUGCCAUAACUCCUAUCGUUUUCGACCUGCUAAAUGUACAGAAGACACUUCACCACUACUACAGAGUGUUGGGCGGCUGGUCCUUCGCCUUUAAAGACUACUACUUCUACAACCUCAGUGCCAGUCUUGACGAUCCAAAUUACGAGAAACUGCAGACCGUUAUAGACAUACUUGAAUACAAGGAUCGUCUGACGAUGCCCAAGUACCAUAUCGGCACGGGAGGGGACGAGUUCUUCAUGCCGGAUGAUUCUUACUUCUACUGGGACCAGUUGGAAGGAGAAAAAUACAAAAGAUUGAUACCGAAUGCAGACCACCUUUGUGUUGGCCAUGAGAUCAGCAUUUUGUUUGGAAUGCGAUCAUUCUUCCUCAGCCUUAUGGAGGACUCUCCGCGACCGAAACUUACCUGGACACGAGAAACAGGUCCGAGAAGCGGAAGGAUAACUCUGCAGACUGACAUGGAACCUAUGAUCAUCCGUUCUUUCCACGCUCGGACGCCUGAUGCAGUAAGACGUGACUUCCGUUUCGUGAAAGAACUCCCUGAUCACCAGUACGCGCCACACCCUGUGGUCUGGCUGCCAGAGGACGUGCAAGAUAUGGGAAACGGGACGUACGUUGCAGAGUUCGACAUCCCCCCUUUUGGUUGGCUGGCAUUCUUUAUCCAGGCCACGUUCCCGGCUCCCCAUGGAACUGCUCUGGAGUUCACCACCGAGGUGCACAUCAUCCCGGAAACAUUCCCCUUCCCAGACUGCACCGGGGCCGCCUGCAGGGGGACUCUUGUUUAAAUUCGUCAGACAGAUUUAUCUGUGUCUGAAAGUGUUUCAAGUACAAGU